AUGUCGACGACUUCCGGUGCCCCCACAACAAUUCCCCAGGAGAAUGGAGGAGCUGGAGCCAACCAAGCAGCUACUACGAAUAAUCAGGAAGAAAUCGACAUCGAUCUGAAGGAUCCACAAGUUCAGGAUGCUGCUAAGAAGAUUCAGAACGUUUUCAGAGGAAAGCGAUUCGGAGCCAAAGCUACUGCUCCAGCUGAAGACGCCAAGCAGUAA